AUGGAUGGCCGGUCAGAUCAUUCCCGCCAGAGCAGCACGUCUUCCAGCAAUACCGAGGGUGCAGCGCUGCCAUGGAUCCUGGAGCAUCUCCUGGCCUACCCGGGCAGCUACGAGAUUCCCCUUCGCACCAUGUACUCUCUGAAUUCUACCUCCAUCGCUCAGCCUCCUACGCUCUCUGCGCCUCUCCUGCCGCCUACUUCCGCCUUCGCUCGUGAAGCACCCGGAAACGCGUUCCCAGGCAACAAGUCUCCAGUGCUAGGGAGCGAUAAGCACAGCAUGUCCGAUACUGCCGCGCUAUUCAAGGCUCAGCUCAUGUCCCAGAUCGCACAGCUGCCGUCCCAGCCCUGCUCGCUCCCGCCAAGCUUCAUCACUUCCUUCGUUCGCAGAUGCUUCCCUCCUAUCGUCGAAGAAGUCGAUUUUCCUCAGUCAUUGACCGCGUUGGACUACCUUCGAGACCUGGAGAACCGCAGAAGAAAGGGUGUCAUGGAAGCGCUGAGCAGACUGGGUAUUAGUGGUGCCGAAGGCGAAAAGGAAGAGCUCUCGCGCCGUUAUCCUGGUGUUCUGGCUUGGGUUGAUUCCGUUGAAGCUAAAGAAAGAGUUGCUGUGGCGCUCUAUACUCAAGUUUAUCUACGCCUCCGCCACUGGACUUUGAUCAAUGAGAUGCUCCUCGAACCCUUCAACAAGGCCAAUUGCAUCGCCAUGCUUAAUACUCUGUUCCCUCCUGUUGUGGCCACACCCCCCACCGCCCACCUCAAUUCAAAGAUUCUUCAGGAGCAGCGCAUGCAUUUUUACAACCUCAUUCUCGAUAUUGGAAAGAGAGGCAAACAAGUUCUUGAGCCAAUUAUUCAGAAGGAUAUGCGCCCUGGCGAUACCACUGGCUGGCCUGUUACCCAAGACUAUAUUGAGAAAUACCUUCGUGCCGCCAAUGCCAUUAUCGAUGAGUGUUCCGAGGUCACAAGCCGCCAGAACUUUGAACAGCCGCCGCAAGAAACCAAACACAAGAACCGGAAGGUUGAUUCGGGAAUCAGCUUCAUGUCGAUCGACCGACCCUCCACAAGCAGCAGUGUCGCCAGCCAUCAUACAAAACACCUAAACAAGCCCCUCCCCCAGUCUCCAACAAAUCCCAGACCCAAGGGUGGAACAACGCUGGAAAGAAUUGCUAAAGAAAUUCGUAAGAUGAAAUCGCGCAGUGACCUUGGGGAUUCGGCGAAGGAGGAGAAGAAGGCUGUACGGGGCCUCAAGAGAAUGAAGUCUGGCCUGCUCAAAGAAAAAGAUAAGCGCAAUUCCGGCAGCUCAGACAGCGACCCUGCUUUCGACCCAGAAGAGUUCAAACAGCGCAGAAAGGAAUGGGAAGCCAAAAAUGCCGCAAAACUUGAGCAUGCGCGCCGCAUCAGCGGUUGA